CCGGCAGGGAGAAUGGGAAACCUGUCCUGCAGGUUGGGCCAAAAUCCGGUCCUGUUGCCUUUGCAAGUUCACACACUGCCCACUCCUGUCUCAGGGUGGGGAGCGCUCAGCUCGGCACACGGCCCCGGAGGUCGAGGCAGGGCGAGAGGCCAUGUUGGAACCAGGCGGGCAGUAGAGGCCAGACAUUCACACACCCUUGGCAGAGCGGCCGGGUGCAGGGCACGAUGGAGAACUUCAUGGAGUCGCUGAACAAACUGAAGGAGGUCCACGAGAAGGAGGUCUUGGGCCUGCAGAACAAGCUUCUGGAACUGAACUCAGAGAGGUGCCGGGACGCACAGCGGGUGGAGGAGCUCUUUGCCAAGAACCACCAGCUGAGGGAGCAGCAGAAGGCGCUGAAGGAGAACCUGCGAGUGCUGGAGAACAGACUGCGGGCUGGCCUGUGCGACCGCUGCAUGGUCACCCAGGAGGUGGCCAGGAAGAGGCAGCUGGAGUUCGAGAGCUCCCACCUGCAGAGCCUGCAGCGCAUCUGUGUCCUCACCAAUGAGAUGACCAGGCUAAAGGAGGAGAACAAGAUGUUGAAGGAAGAGGUGAAGCAGCUACGCAGCCUGGAGGACCGGCCCAUGCCUGUGGCCAGGGAGGGGGCCUCGGACUCCCCCUCGCCUGCACUGCUUCCCUCCCCCAGCAGCUGGAAGGCUGUCCCGGAGAAGCCACAAGGAGGCCGGGAAGAGGCUGGCGAGGACCCUCCGGGAGCAGAUAAGUCGGCCACCUGCAGGACGUCUCCAGUGGCCAAAAGCUCCCAGGGCAGCAACCUGCCCGAGUCCCGGGCUCCAGGCAUGAGCCCCCAGCGCAUCUCCAACCAGCUGCAUGCCACCGUGGCUGUGCUGCAGCCCGGGUCUCGGGCCUGCCUAGUAGGCCACAGCCCCAGUGAUGGGACAUCUCCACCACCCAACGGCAGCAGCCCGUCUAGCCCCGGGUACGAGCACAGCCUCCCUCUGGACAGCCUCCUGAGGGCUUCCGGGGCCUCAGUACCAGCCUAUGAGCCCCUGAAGCGCCCCCUGCAGGCCGACCGAUUCUGCCUCCUGAACCGACCUCUGUCCCUGCACCUCCAGAGCCCGAACAGCAGGCCCCUAGCCUCUGCCACAGCCCUGCAUGGCCCCCAGCCCUGGGCGCUGAAGGCAGGGGAGGUCUGGGAGGAGCCCACAAGCCUGCUGGGCCUGCCCAAUGCCCUGGUGGGCAUGCAGGACCCGAGGCUGGAGGGGGCGCUACACCUGCUCCUGGCACAGCGGCAGCUGUGUGCACUGGCCCGGGCAGGCGCUGACCCACUGAGGAGCCCACCCCCUCCCAGGGCGACACCACCUUCCCCACCAGUCGACUCAGACUCUGAGAGCCCUGAGCUCGAGGUGGCUGGGGCAGCCCUGGCCACAGCAGCCCUGCCAGGCGGGCAGCACUUACCGCCCACGGGCGGCUCCCCCAGGAAAGAGGCAGUGGCCAUUCAGGACUAUGCCCCCGACAAGCCGCUGGAUCUCUCGGACCCGGGCCGCAGCAAGGUCUCCCCCAACUCUGCCAGCCAAUCUGGACCACUCAGCCCCAAACUUACACACCCUGGCAGCCCUGAGCCGCUGACUCUGCCCCGACCCAUGAAUCACAAUACCAAGACACUCAGCAAUGGCACCCAGGGGGCCACCGAGUCAGAGCCAGAGCUGGAGGGGCCGCCUACUCCCAUGGAGCCCUCACAGCCCCUCCUAGGGGUUCACCUCAGCCUGCUCACUGCCACUGGGACAAGAUGUGAGCCCAGAAAGAAGCCAAGGCCAGCGCCCGUGCCACAGAGCCCCCAGGCUGCCACACCCCCAGAGCCCAGCAAGGCCGGAGUGCAGAGGCCAGAGUCAGAAGAACUGGAUGAAUCUGACACCUCCGACAGCGAGGUGGUCCCACUCUCCGAGACCAGGUCCAAGCUGAGCACACCAGGGGAGGAACACAGGUGCUUCUGCCCCCAGGAGCCCCGGCAGGGUCUGCAGCUAAAGAGGAAGCAGCCGGCUUUGGACCCAGCAAACAAAGCCUCCAAGAAGACAUGCCGAGGGAGGAGGAGAGCGAGGGAGCCCACGCUGGCAGCAGAGGAGCCUGACAGCCCAAGGGAUGCCAAGGACCGCAGCCCCUCACCUGGCAACAACGGACACGAGGAGACCUAGCUGGUCCAGGCCACAUGGCUUCCACCCACCUGCAGGUUGCCACACCACGGCAGGUGGCCCUGGGUCCUACCCUCCGCUGAGAGUGUCCUGGAAGCUCCAUCUCAGAAAAGCCCUGCCAGCCCCACCCCCAUACCCGGAACAGCACCUGCUCCUCAGGGGAGCAGGCCGGGUGGGAGGCAGGGACUAAAGCCCAGGCCACUGCACCUUGCUGCCUGUCUCCACUGAGGCCCUCCUGGACCUAAUGGACCCCUCAGACUGGAGCAGAGCAGGGAUAAACACCACACACACAGGCACGCACACACGCACACGCGCGCGCACACAGACACACACACACACACACACACACACACACACACCCAGGGUUUGCAGCCAGUAGCAGCGGUAUUGGGCGCCACCUUGUGGCCCCCAUGCAAACAGGCAUCUAACCACGCUGGUGGACAUGACACAGGUGCCUUUCCAAGCAAGGUGGCCUCCCAAACCCGGUCCCCAGAGAACCUGAAGCAUAAACACACAGGGAGAUGUGUGUGCUGCUGACGGCGCUGAGGUCAGCCGCUGCUACCACCCCAGCAAGUGUCAAGGAUCUCAGCUGCCUCAGGCCUGCAGGGCAGAAACCCAGCCCUACUGGGUUUGCCGGGCAUGAAGGAAAGCCAGUGGCAAGACCCUGGGGGACAGUGACAGCACACGCACCUGCCCUGGCCGACUGCCCUUCUCACCCACACACUCAUGGGCUCUGGCCUGAGUCAGCCAAGGGGGCAGCCCCAAGGUGGCUCACCUGGGAUCCUACCAGUGGCACCUAGGGGUGCCCUACUGUUUGAAGAUGCAUUUCAGGGCCCCCACACUCUGCCAGAGGAGCUUACAGGUCAGAAGCCCAGGCCCCACCCAGAUCCACUGAACCAGGACAUGCAGGUGUUGAAGCAGCGCCUAGGGGCAACUUCCCUGCACACAAAGUUCACCGAGAUGGCCACUGAGACCUUAUCUGGGCACCAGAGAGCUUGUGAACAAACAGGAGAAGGGUCAGCGUCCAAUGGGAGGGGACGAUGAGGAGGGAAACUGUCCCCAGGGAACGGCAUGAGCGAUCCAAACUUGGGUUUUAAGCUGUAACAGGAGUAUGUCAAAUAGGUAAAAGCAAAUGUGCUCUAGAAAGUUGGCUAAAAUCACUCUGGGUCCACGGACAGGGAAAGUGGGGAAGCACAGUGCAGAGGUGCACACCUAGAAUCCCAGGGUUCUGGGGCUGGUGUGGGCAGAGCAGCAGUGAGCCGUGCCUGCAUGACACAGCAGCUUGGCAAGACCCUGUCUCCAAAAACAUGAAAAGGGCUGGGGAUGUAGGUCAGUGGGGAGGGUUCAACCCCCGGCACCACAGGCAAAAGGAGGCCAUCCGGAGGAUCCAGGACACUCUGAGGGAGGCCAGGCAGAGGGGACACCGAGGAAACACCCUGCCCUGCCCUCCCAAUGUCCAGAGGACUGCAACUGGGGGUGGGGGCUGAGGCAGGAGGGACCCCAGGGUUGUGUGCCAAUGGGAUGGCAGGACGUGGGGCACGUUGGGUAAUGCCUAGUGGGUACCAGGUCCACUUGCUGACCACAACCUGUCUGCCUACUGGCCUGAGAAGCCAGAGGGCCCCAUCCCAAGAGGGAAGUCCUGUGUCUGUAUGUGUGUGCUCCAGCUGUUAAAAGUUGUUGAUUUUUCCAAAAUGAAAUAAAACACAAAUUGUGUGCUCCA